AUCACGUUGGGAAAGGUCCUACAUAUAUCUUUGUAGUCACUUUUUGCUUCGCUGCUUUUUGCUUUUUGCUCUCUCUUUCUCUCUCUCUCCCCCGAGGACUCUUUGUGCCUUCAUCCUUUUUCUACAACCAUCAUGUCUCUUCAUCCUUUCGACCCAUUGACCCCCGGCGAAAUUCGCGUGGUGGUGAAGAUCCUUGAGGCUUCAUUCCCUGGUGUCCCUCUCCGACACAAGGUCAUCGAGGUCCAAGAGCCCAUCAAGAAGGAUGUCGUGCCUUAUCUUGAAGCAGAGAGAUUGGGCCAGCCCCUCCCUGCAAAGCCAGCCCGGAUCCUCACCGCUCUGUUCCAUCGCAUGGAUACCAAGGUGUUCAUGAAGGCUUUGAUCAAUGCCGAGAAGAAGAGCUUGCUUCAAUGCAGGGAGCUUCCAAAGGGCGUGCAGGGCCCUACCGACGUCGACGAGAUGAUCGAAAUGGAAAAGGUCUGCAACGAUCAUCCCGCAGUCAAGGCUGAGAUUGCAAAGAUGAACCUGCCACCAAAUGUCGUUGUUUGCAACGACCCAUGGAUCUACGGAACGGACAGCGAGACCGAAGACCGCCGUCUUUUCCAGCACUACAUGUACAUGUGCGACGUCGACCAUCCCCAGACCAACCAUUACUCCCUCCCCUGCGCCUUCUCUCCAGUCUUCGAUGGCAUGACCAAGGAGCUUGUCCGUAUGGAUUACCUUCCUACCGGCACCGACCACAGCUUCACUUCAACCAAGCCCUGGAAGCCAGUGAAAACCGUGCAGUACGCACACGAUCUCUUGGAUGAGCCCCUUCGAACCGACCUCAAGCCCUAUAUCGUCCAGCAGCCAGAGGGCCCAUCCUUCAAGGUGGAUGGAAACCAUGUGUACUGGCAGAAAUGGAGAUUCCGGGUUGGCUUCAACUACCGUGAUGGUCUGGUGAUUUACAACGUCAGCUACGACCGUCGCAACGUGUUUUACCGAUUGUCUCUUUGCGAGAUGACGGUUCCAUAUGGAGACCCACGCGCUCCCUACCACCGCAAGCAAGCUUUCGAUGUUGGUGAUGUCGGUUUCGGAAACACUGCCAAUCAACUCUCCCUUGGCUGCGACUGCCUCGGUCACAUCAAGUAUUUCGAUGGCUUCAGAACCGAUUCCAAGGGUAACCCAGUUCUCUUGAAGAACGUCAUCUGCUUGCAUGAGCAAGACGCCGGCCUCCAGCACAAGCACACUAACUACAGGACCAACGCCGCCACCGUUGUCCGCAACCGCCAGCUGGUUGUGCAGAUGAUCUGUACAGUUUCCAACUACGAAUACAUUUUCGCCUGGAUCUUCGACCAGGCCGGUGGCAUUGAACUCGAGGUCCGCGCUACCGGUAUCCUCUCCACUAUGCCAAUCGACAAUGAAGACGGUACCAAGGUGCCAUGGGGCACCAACGUCGGACCCGGUGUCAUGGCUGCGUACCACCAGCACGUCUUCAGCAUGCGUGUAGAUCCGGCCAUUGACGGACACAACAACACCGUUGUCUACUCAGACAGUGUUGCUCUGCCCGAUGAGCCAAACAUGAACCCUUACGGCGUUGGAUACGCCCAGGAAACCACCGUCCUCAAGAAUUCGUGCUCUGCAGACCUGAGCGUCGAAAACGCCCGUGUCUUCAAGAUCAGAAACGACAACGUGAUCAACCCCACGUCUGGAAACCCUGUGGCCUACAAGCUAGGCGUGAUGCCCAGCCAGCUCAUGAUCAUGGCUGAGCGCAGCUUCAAUCGUCGCCGUGCGGCAUUCGCCACCAAACCGAUCUGGGUGACGAAGUACCAGGAUGGAGAACUCUACUCCGCCGGUGAAUUCACCAACCAGAGCAAGAAGUCAUCCGGUGUGGAAUUAUGGUCUGCACGGAACGACAACACUGAGAACACUGACGUUGUCCUCUGGCACUCUUUCGCACUCACGCAUAACCCCCGUCCUGAAGACUUCCCCGUCAUGCCUGUCGAGAAGAUCAGCGUCACGCUCAAGCCUGAUGGUUUCUUCGAGAAGAAUCCUGCGCUCGAUGUGCCACCAUCGGACCAGUCGUUCAACAAGUCAUCGCUACACCAGGAUGAACCUGCCUGCAGUGGAUGCCCUGCGAACUCGAAAUUGUAGAUUUCGCCGGAUGAGGAACGAUACAUAGUUUAUGACUGGUUUUUUGGUCUAAUGAUUUUCGUGCUGUACAGAUGAUUGUGGAUACAUAUACUCCCUGGUUUUUUUCUUUUUUAAAUGAAUUGUAGAUAUGCUGUUCUUGUUAG